AUGCUUCAGAAGAAAUUCUUGCAAAAUGUGCAAUACAAAGGAGGAGAAACUGUUGCUGUGAAAUUAGUUUUUUGUUUUAAAACAACUUUUACUGUCGGACUACCGAAAAGUUUUUGGAAAUUCGAAAUAAUAAAAACAGAACAAAAAAGUAAUAAAUUGAAUUUUGCUCUCAUGCAAAAGGAGUCACUAGUAGUGAACAUACUCAUAGACUUGCGAAUUGCAGCGAAGAGUAAGAGUUCCUCAGUAAAGCUGCAACAAUUUGCACAAUUAAAAGGAGAAGGUUUAAACAACAAUUCAUGA